GCCCAGUCUGAGCUCAGGCGCGAGUGAAGGGCGGCGGCGCUGCGGUGUUUUAGAGGUUGAGGAAGAUUCAUUUUAGCUGAUUGACUGUGGGCAGCGCGGAGCCCUCCCAGUCUUGACGUGCGGAGCCCUCCCAGUCUCGACGUGCGGAGCCCUCCCAGUCACGACCUACGGCCGACGGCAGCGGGAUGGGUCUCACGCCGGCGCCGUCCCCGUCGUCCCGGGGCGCGCGGCCCGAGCGGCAGGCACUGGUGGUGUUCGUCCCUGCGGAGAACCUGCGCCGCGUCUGCGCCGUGCCGCUGGAGCUGCUGGCGGCCAUGCUGCUGCUGCUGGGGAUCGCGGUGCGCCCGCGACCGACCGAGUCGCCCUCUGCUGGACAGGAACAGCGGCGAACAGCAGCCUCCAGAGCUGCCAGUCAGAGGUCAGAGAGCAGUCCAAGCAGGUCAGCGCAGAGCUCUCCAGCAGAAUCUGCUGAUCUCCAAGCUGUGGAGCGUCAACCAGAACUGGGAGCAAGAGACGAGAACUUCUCUGCAGCCACAUCAGACACCACAUAUAUCAGUCUACACCACAAGAACGAGUCAGAUUCCUCACAUCAGUGCUCCGUAGCUGGAUGUAGCGCUGGAAUCACGGAUGAAAAAGCCUCCAGUGUCCCAGAUGAGCGUCAGAAUCAGGAUCGAAGAGAUGCCGCUUGCAGUCCACCACACACCCCGGACGGCUCAGAAACUGAAAAGGACAACUCUGAUUGCAACGACGAUGCUUCGAGUGAGGAGGAGACACCCAUCGAGUACGGUCCGUUCUGGCCUUGCUCCGUUCACCCACCGGACCAGCCGCUGCGCUUCUGUGACCUGACAGAGGAGGAGCAGGAGGAGAUCAUGGAUGCUGACCUCGAGGCUUACCGGAAGGCCUGGAGGCCAGGCGACAUGAAAUACGUCCGCUGGAACCCCGAUCCUGACGUCGCAGACGAGGACCAAGGCAAGGAGGCCUUCCAUGACGAGAACUACGAGUUCUUCUGGUGGACUCCGACGGCGUACCGUGCUACUGAGGCCAGGUUCGUGUUCUUCCCCGGAAACGUCACCAAGUAUCCGGUCCAUACUGCGGUGUACUGCCCUGCCUGCGACAGACAUGUCUGGGAAGCACUGCCGAAGCGGUGGGAACGUCUGAGCUCGAAACUGCAGCCUGGUCCAGGACAAACUUUCCUUCAAGAGAAUGACAACCAGAGCGCGACUGCUUCAGAGAGCUCGGCUGCUCUUUCUCCUCAGAGUAGGGAUGCUGGCCAACAAAGCUGGAACGCUCAGCUCGUUGAGUCACCAGUCUCUUCUCUACCGGAAAAGCAGGGUAUCGCCGAGGAAGGUCACCCCUCUGAACUGUCGGGGCAGGAUGAUUCGUUGCCGAUCCUCCUGAAAACAAAGCACAAGGAACGGCCAGCUAUGUCGGGCUAUGAGUUCCUGUACUACCCAAACACCAGUGAUCAUGGGGUGACACCGAUUUUCAGGACCGGAGAAGUCGAUCAUAGCCAAACUGAUCUCCACGGUGACCAAGAUGUAGUCAGCGGACCCGUGUGUGGUGGUAUAUCGGCCACCCACGCUCGGGUGGUAGGAUACCUCGCGGAUAAGGCCAUGCAAACGGAUCCUGACGAGAGUGGGGUUAUCGAGUGUCAAAACGCAGCGGUCCAGCAGGUGAAUGAAGCCCGAGAAACCUGUGAUUUGGAGACUGUGGGGGCCGACGACAUUCGUGUUAAGUCCGAGUCCUUGCGCGUGGCGAAAAUGAGACCAUGUGGGCCUUCAGAGAUCGGUGAGGAGUUUGAGGAGCGUUCUGUGGAUGCCGACUGCCUUGAGCACAGGCUACUGGAAUUGCUCAAAAAUGCCGGCGAUGUAGAAUCUUUCAUCGGAUUUGGUCACCAGGCGCUAGCCGAUGAGUCAUCACACACCAACACGGAUAGCGUGAUGGCGCACUAUGCUGGCCAAGAAGAGAAUGUCUGUUCAGAGCAGCAUUUCGAUGACUUUGCAGUGGACAUCAAAGAUGGACAGGUAGAGCGGAGCAACGAAGCCGGAAGCAAGUCAAAGUUGUGCCAAGGUGACUUGCAACCAGCGCUAUGUGCGAAUCCCAGCGCUGGAAAUGCUGACUCAAGUGCUGGCAUCUCAAGUCUGGCAAGUCACCAGGAUGCUCAACAGGCAAAGAAAUCUCAGAGUCAGAAAGGUUCAUCACGGAAACGCAAAAACCGGAAGGCCCGGAGACUCAAUCAGGCGAGACAGGAUGCUCUUGUUAAAUUGGAUUCUGGACCAGGUCGGAACUGUGGGUGCAAGUGCAUUUCUUGUAAAGGCUGUUCAAAAGACGAGCAACGAGGACCUGUUGGCGCUUCCCAGCAAGCAGUGCCAGGCGAAGUCGCUGCCACUGUCGAACAACAUCCUUCAGUUUCCGUACCCCAGCCCUCUCCAUAUGAUAACAAGACGUGUGACGCAACAGUAGAUCCUGGAGAAGAGCUGCCGCGCUUCAGUAACCCGCAAGGUGUUGCAGCAGAAGCUGAAGGGGAAGAGACUCAAAAUGCUUCCUACUCUGGUCCUACAAGAGACUACAUCGACAUUUCUUUCGGUGCUUGUCAGCCCACCAGGGUAUCCAGACAGAUGCAAGUGGAGACACCUCUAUCGAAUCGACUUUCGUACGAGCCGCAGGAGAGGGUGAACAUUAUGGGCAUGGACUUCAUCCUUAGUGAUGGCUGCAUUGAUCGCCUGGUCGCUAGUGGACUGACUUUUGACGACUUCGUCAUCCCUGUAAAAGCUGGAAAACGCACUAAAAAUCUGUUCGUGUGGCCGGGAUCACCUACGAAGCCUUGUGUUGACCUUGUCCAUAAUCAGAGUCAUCAGAACAGUUCGGGCAUUGUUGCGGCAGCAAACCCGGAAACGAUUCGUGUGGCCGUAGAUGACCAAAUAACGAAGUCGAACAGAACUGAGGUCACUGUAGAAGGAAAAGGGCAGUCACUAAACGCGUCACAAGCGGUAAUCAGUGGAGGACAUUAUGAGAGAUCUGACAGUGUGGAUUGUGAGAGUCUGAGAGGAGGGAUGGAAGAGCUUGGCAACGGUCUCACCAAAACUGGAAAACGAAACCUUUCCGAAGAUUCUAAGGCCGAAAAUCACUAUUCAAGAAAGGAAUCGCAAGAAGAAACAACGGACAUUGAACCCAAUUCGACUGACUCAGCUGAAGAAAGGGGUAGACUCAGAAACAAGUCAAAGAAAAGACUUAGGGUGGCAAAAAAGAUCCGGAAGAAGGAACUAUCAAGUGACCCUUCGUCACCCUUCUCUACCCUGGAGUCGGGAUCGUUCAGCUCCGAUGAAGACCAGGAGCGAGAACUUCACUUGACCGAGGCAGAGAGUCGUUGUUUGGCCACAAACGAACAGCAGGCAGCCACAGAAAGUGACAAAAAUCAGCGAAAAGCAUGCAACCUAGAUAACAUGCAGACACUCGCAAAUGACGACGAAACAGGACAUGUCGAACAUCAGGCUCCAGUCCUUGAUGUUCUGUCUCCAGAAGACCAGCUCAUUCACAAAGCCAGAAUAAUGGAAACCCGGCGUCGUUUGAGGGAAGUGCGGCGGGCAAAAAGGACUGCUCAGCUUUUGCGUCAGGUGAGAUGCAACUACCUGCACAAAGCUAAAGCAAUGAGGGCGAGAAGAGUGCUGCGGCCAUCCAGCACAAGCAGGGUCCUGCGGGUAAAUGGCAUACGUAGAGCGUUUUCUACCAGCACAGGGCAUCAGGAUGUGCCAAAGGACACCGUUUCUACGUCUAGAGCGCGCUGUUCCUCUCAGCUGUCGAGCAGCUCCACGUUUGGCUCCACACUGGCGUCGGCCUCACCAGAACACCCCACGAGCUCUGCGUGCGAUAUGGAGAAGCACCACGCUAAGGUGUCCGUCAACAACGGGAACAUCAUAGAGGUGUACAACACCAUGGCGCAGAUCGCUGAGGACACCCUCGUCCGAGAGGUAGAAAUAGAGCUGCAUCCAAAACCAUCUCCCGCAACAGUUUCCCACGAUGUGUGUGAAACUGAGACUUCUUGCGGACAGAAGACUGUUGAACGAGAAGGACCAUCUCCUGAAAUCAGAGCAGCUCAGCAUGUCGAUAGCCACGAAGAAGGCUUCAGAAACGUUCCGCUGAGUCCUCAUAGCAAGUCUGAUGGUCUUUGGAAUGGGCGUUGUCAAGGAGACACUUCAGAGCUGAGUGAUUCGAGCGUGGACCUUGAGCCCUACGAUCUCGUUGAAGCCACUGGUGAGCAGCACGACACGGCAAAACGUGUCGCAUGUGAAAACUCGGGUAUUUCAGAUAGCCUAUCCAUUCAAAGUAUAUUGGAAGAGGACGAUUUUCCCCGCGAGUUCGAGAAAUCUGCUCUCGGCGAGCUCAUCAAUCUGGGCGAGGAGUUAGAGGAGCUUGAACAGGAAGCCUCAGAAAAUGUUCAUUUGCAAACGCCUGAAUUCGCUCAAGUUUGUGUGGAGCAGGAUCAAAAUACUGCCUCAACGUAUGAUGUUCGCAAUUCUCCGUCUGGCAAGGAAAAUGAGUGCCGGUUGCCACCGCUAGUGACGAAUCGCUCUCUGGAGGCCCUGGAGUGGGACCCCAUGUGGAUGCGCCCGCCGCCUCUCUCCCCACGCAGUCGCCUGUAUGUCAUUUUCAGCAAGGCCCCCGGAGGUAAAGAUUCUCCCGAGGCACAACCCGAUCUGCUCCCUGGAGCUUCCGAGAAUCCUCCCGCCGAGUGUCUACACGAGCACUCCGACCCCAACUCUUCUUCGUCGAUUGGGUUCUUGCGCCCGAGCGAGGGACGACUGUCUCAGCUGGCGGGCCUGAACCCGAACCAGCUCAUCACGUCAGCGUACCUGCAGCCCGAGGAUGACCAGCUGGCACACGGUGACCCGGCGCGGCCCUGGGUGCGCCGUCACUCGAGCGUCGAGAUCAAAACGCUGGCCGAUGCCAUCAAGAUCCGUCGGAUGCGACAGAUGCCGGGCAUCAGAGGUGUCAGGCCACCGCUACCGCCUUUUACGCAUGCUUCAUACUCUAUUUGACAGAUCGGCGUGGACAUGGGCCGAUGCAUCAGCAUCCAGACAUCAUCGGCGGCAGCAUCCGCACAACGUCAAAGGUUCAGAUGAUCGGCAAUCGCAGUCUAUGUAGCUGAAGCCGAGGCCAACUCUGUGGCUGCACUACAAAUAUGCAUGAGAGCUGCUCACUGUCCAGCUUCGGAUGUGAAUACUGAAUCCAGCCACCUAACGCAGAAAGCAGACCAUCUCUGCUGUCCACCGGAUACACUCAGUGUCGCAUAUAUAGUAGCUUGAACUGUGGAAUUAUUGUGAUUGUUCGAGGACUGUCAGACUGUCAGCUGCCAGCUGCCCGACAGCGUCGGUCCCCUGGUGUCUUGCCAAUCGUGCAAUGAUACAAAACUGGCCGAAGCCGCUGAUGUGAUAGUGGAAUAAGACACCGACCGGAGAGCUGAUUCGUGCGGAGUUGAUGCAUCGGGCGCAGAAUUUCGCAGAACAAAUAACUGUUCCACGUCUUUUCAAAAGAGAUAUAAGCGCGGGUGAAUGAGCUUUGUGCUAUGAUUGUGAUAAUGUUUUUCUGACCGACUUUUACCGCAAAACGAGAAAAGACAGCGUUUCAGCAAAUUCAGCUCAGCACGUCUUUUACAAGACUUUUACACUCCGUCUUUUACUAAAAUGUUCUUAGUCUUUGUGAUAACGCGUGUCAUUUUGAUAAUCCAUGCAUGUUGACUAGAACUAGCCGUGUCUUUUAUUGCGCUUACUGGAAACACCAUUUGUCCUGGCGUAGGUAUAAACGAACUUGGCUGACAUCUGUUCCGCACUCGAUAUGUGUAAAAUCGAAUGGCACGCUUCAAUUUAGUCAGUCUUUAGUCCGGAUCAUUCAGACAAUACAUGCAUUGAUCUAUGCGCUGGUGA